CAUUCCUUAAAUGUGCUGCGUCCGUGUGUCCCUCACUCAUAGCCUCUCUUAGGCCCGGCUUGAAGGAUGGAUGCUGCACUGCUGUUGCUGUCCCUGUGGGCUCUGACUGGAACGGUCUCCCUGCAGGCUUCAGGGUCAUGUCCGGAGAGACUUCUGGGAGAGGAGAGAAGGAGGACGUGUCCUCGGCCCUGCAGAUCUGACAGUGACUGUGGCAACAAACGCCAGUGUCUGUGUGACGGCCAGUGUGGUCUCAGCUGUGUGGUUCCAGGUCGUACUUGUCCCUGGCCUCUUCCCCUCAGUGAAAACUCAGAAGCUCGCCUCCUUUCUCCCACUCACUCCUUUUCUGCCCUGCUUGAAGUACGCUGCAAGCCAGGCUUCAAUUUGCAGAAUGGCUUGGAUGCCACUGUCCGCCGUUGUCAGGGUGACCGACAGUGGAGUGGAGAUGAGCCCAUCUGCACAGAGAUUCAGGCACCUGAACACACUGCUGCCCCAACUUGCCCACUGCCUGAGGAUGUGAUCAACACCUUCAGCAUCCAUGGUGACGCAUCCAUAGGGACUUCAAUCCGCUACAGCUGCCUGUCUGGGGCAGAUAUUGUUGGGAGCAGUGAAAAUUUCUGUCAGGACAAUCAGACCUGGCAGAAUCCUCACCCCAUCUGUAAAAUGGUGUUUUGCAGGCCUCCCACAGAGGUGGAACAGGGCUAUGUGGUGGCUGUUCAGAAAACUGAGUAUGAGGUUGGCUUUGACAUCCACUACCUGUGCAAAAAGAACUUCUUGCUGGAUGGACCUCAGAAGAUCACAUGCCUGUUGAAUGGCAACUGGAGCGCAUCACCGCCACACUGUAGAGCUCGCUGUGUCAUCCCUGCUGAGCGAAGCCGUGUGGUGAUCGGUGGAGUGAAGCGCUGGCCAUUUGAUGUUACAGAUGCCAUGGUUCCCCACGGGGAAAAUGUGACAUUCUACUGCAAGCAUCCUCGGAAGCAAUGCAGCUUCACUGCAUCCCAGACCUGUUUUGAUGGAAAACUGCAGCCACCAGCGUGCUACCUUGAGCCCACAUGGUUGCAAUAUAAACUUUUCCCUCAUCGGCUGGUCUCAGAAAUUGAUGCGUGUGAACCUGGUGACGUGGAGUGAAGACCUCAACCCGUCACACCACUCAGUAUGAACACUAUGAACAAUAUGAACCUUUUCCAACACACCACUUUGCAGUCAUAUCCCUCUUUGCUACAAUUAUGAACUGUUAGACACUGAAGUAUUUUCCACAGCUCCUGUGAAUCAGUGUCUUAAGAAGUCUUGUGCUUAAGGCCUUGUGGAAUUCAAUGCUGCUUUUGUCUUUUUUCACUGCAUACUAUCACCCCACAGGCAUAAUUAUAACAAGUAUUACUUUGAUCCUUGUCCAGCUUGAGCCAGUGUAUGCUGUAGAAGCAACCCGCACUGUAAGCCUUCGUUAUGAUGUUUGUAUGGUGUAUUAAUACAUGCUAUACAUUCUAUACACAUGCUGGUGCGUAGGUUCAUGGGCCCCAUUUCUUGACUUCACUCUGUGAUAUUUCACUGUGUGAUCUAUACUUUCUACUGUUCAGCCUGACGCAUCAAGUCUUGAGGCUUGUAAGUUUUACAAUGUAAGUGAUUUUAAAUAAAAUGAUAUAAAAUG